UAACCGAAAUCUCGUUAACCGAGGCGCUCGUUAACCGAGGGACCACUGUAUACUUUUCAAGCUAACUUAAAGAUGCUUGACAAAGUAUAUGUGAAGCUCAUAAAAGUGUUAGAAUAAUGUUUCAUAUAGUUGGCAUUAUAUGGGAUUCAGGUCUACUAAGCAUAAAUUUUGAGUAGACUGAUAUAAUAAUAUGAUAAAGAACUCACUCAAGAGGCCUAUGCUGUGCUUGUUUGUCUUACUACCUUAUUAUGCAUUCCUUCAGGCUAAAGUUCUUCCAGCGGUGGGCGGACGAGAAAAUCCCCGACGUAUUCUGGUUUUCUGGGCUGUUCUUCCCCUACUCCUUCCUCACGGGCAUACGUCAGAACUAUGCCAGGAAACAUGCCAUACCCAUCGACAGGAUUGACUUCCUGUUUAAGGUAAUGGAAAAGGAGGUGGAAGAUAUCAUCCAGGAAUGUAUCAGACCCAACUUCGUGGAGUUGCCAGUGGUGAUCGAGCGGCUGCCCACGCCAAAUGUGCAGGGGCAGUACUACCCCCUCGACACUGACCUCGAAGACAACGAAUCGCUUCCUUACGAUAACGACUCCCCCCAGCUCAAGAAGGAGGGUGACCAGGUAACAAAAUGCAGAAACAGAUAUCAAAUGCCAGGCUAAUAACUUUAGUACAGGGAUUGAAGGAAGGAAGGAAGGGAAAGUAAGUAAUAAAUCAGAGAGAGAGAGAGAGAGAGAGAGAUAAACCAGAUUAAGUGGAAGGGAGUAUUCAGGAAAGGAUGAAGAGUAGAGUCAGGUAAACUAAAAGGCUGUCUUGGUAAGAAUUGGACUAUGAGGAUGGUGAAGACAGAAUGGGAAAUGAAAGAUUAGUUAUCAAAAGAGAACCACAUAACAGAGAGGGAAGAGCUUGAUAAAUAAUGAAGGAAGAGAGACCAGGUACAAGCAGAAAUAGAUAAGGAAGGAUGACAAGAUAACAAGUGGUAGAAGGAUGAAGAAGGAACUGAAUAAGGAGGGAAAAGGUAGCAAGAUCAUGAAAGGAGAAGGAUAAAUCUUACCAAGAUGACAGGUAUGCUAAUAGACAAAGGAAAAUGGCAUAUGUGUGCCCUAUAUUCAAACAGGGUGAUUAACACGGCUCAAACAAUUAAGGUGCAGCCUUCUGGAGUCAUCCUACUUCCAGAAAAAAUAAAUAGAAGUUGGAAGUUACACAAGCCCCCAAGCCCCAUCUGUACAAGCAGCCUAAAUAAUUGUGGCUAUCUUGUCAUCAGAUUUACUACCUCACUUACUGUUACAUACUACAGGUACUCCUCUACUUACGAACGCGUUACGUUCCUGAGGCUUGCUUGUAAGUCCAUCUUUGCUCUUGUAGAUACCAAAUAUAUUGUAAAAAAUG